AAAAAAUUCUUAAAAGACGAGAAAAACACUUGUUUGCUUAUUUUAAAUGUUGUUUACAAAAGAUUACUUGAGUAAAUGGUUAAGUUGAAAAAAUAAAUAAAUUAAAAAGACAAGAGGCAAUAUGAACUCUUUGGCAUCUUUAAUUAUGAUUUCUCUAAUUCAGUUGUCAAUUCAAAAUGAUUGCCGUGUAAGUGGUUGUGAUAAAAAUGAAGUAUGCGAGGAAAGUAAUGAUGUAAAUCAACAAUAUCAUUGCAAAUGUGAUUCUAAUUCUCUCUUGGAAAACGGAAAAUGCAUAGAAUCUUUAAGUGAUUGGAGCUCAUGGAGUGCUUGUUCAGCAACUUGUCAAAAUAUUUAAAAAGUGGUUUGAAAGGUUUACACCAAAUCUCUUAAUUGAAAGUAAUUUGUUUAUUCAGAAAUACUUUGUUUUUGGAUCUUUUUACAUUUGGUACUCAGUUGACACAAAAAACCUUACUAGAAGUUGCAAGGAUAUAGAAAGCUCAUUAGCCAGUCAGGAUCAAAUAUUUGACUGUAAUAUAUCUCUUGUGUUUAUGGGACAUAGUGAUUGUUGUUUUUCAAAAAUAUAUGAUCCGUUAGAUGCUUUUAUAAUAAAUUAUUUCACUGGAUUGGAUUAUUUUAAUCUCAGUUUAGCUGAUGGUUAUACUUCUAUUAGUUGCAAUUAUAAUAAAUCUGAAAUUUAUAAUGUUUCUUGUGUGAUUAUGGAUUCAUAUGAAUCUCAAUAUGCAACCAAAACCUUUUCAGACAUAGCUAUGUGGGUUUAUUAUGAAAUUUAUAAUUGCCCUGCAGAAAAUGAGUUCUCUCAGUUUCUUUUGGAUUUAAACCAGACCAUAACUAGUAAAAAUGCUGAUAUUAUUGCUGCAAAUUUAUCAACUGCUUUAAAUAACAAUACCAAUAUCAAAAUAGCUGAUUUUCAUUUCAUUACAGAUAUAAUUACUGGAGUUAUUCAUUCUAGCCCAAUGCCAGAAAAUGUUACAGAAAACAUUGUCUCAGUUGUAAACACUCUGUUAAAUCAAAACACAACUUUAAUUAAUGAAGCAAAUAUACAGCUUAAAGCAUCCAAAGAGCUUUUAAAUCAACUGGAUAAAAUGGCAGCUAAGCAAUACACGAAUGUUAGCAUUUCAACAGAAAAUUUAGCUUUUUCAUCAUAUUUCAAUGAAAAAAACAACAGUAACAUUUACAUUUUUGCUGAAAAUAAUAAAAAUUUAAGUAUUAUUAUAUCAAGUAAAGGUCCUGAAAAUGGUUCUAAAAGUUAUCUUCCAUAUAUGACUCUUCCAUCUCAAUUGUUUUUCAACAAAAGUAAAACAUUGGUUUAUUCUUUUAUAUACAAGGAUGUUGAUUUAUUUUUGAACCUAAAAAAUCAAACUGGAAAUAUAAACAGUGUUGUACUUUCAGCCACUUUGAAGAAUGUCUUUGUGAAUAAAUCCAAUAAUCCAAUAUUAAUGAGGUUUACAAAAAAUUCAAAUGCUUCUGGAAAUACAUCAUGUGGUUUCUUUGAUACAGAUAAGGAAGUUUGGUCUACUGAAGGUUGCAGUAUAAGUAAUUGCUCAUUAAUAGAAGUAGUAUGUGAAUGCAAUCAUCUAACAAAUUUUGCCUUGUUAUUGAAUGUUGCUCAAUCAGUAGAAAUGUCUAAUAAUGUAUUCCUUGAAGUUAUUACAUGGAUUGGCUGUGGGUUGUCAAUUGCUGGAUUAUUUCUAACUAUUAUCAGCUAUUCUGCUUUUUC